AUGAAUCUCACCAGCUUCUUCCUCCUUACAUUGCUCCUGGCUCUGGUGACAGAAGCAUCUGCAAGGAGACCCCGUGAAAAAUUCUCACAAGCGUCUGAAGAGAAUUCUAGUGAAAGCUCUGAAGCAAAAAAUCCAAAGAGCAGCGUCAGUGAGGAAGGCUCAUGGAGCAGCUUUAAGUCAAAAAGUGCAAAAAGCAGCGUGGGUGAGGAAGGCUCUGACGGGGACAGAGCCAGCGAGUCCGCAGGGGAAAUGGAACGGUCUUACACACGGAGAAAGGAAAAGCAACGGUUUGGACAAGAAGUAGCCAAGUGA